UUUAUGACUCAACUUGAAUCACUUCUCCCAUCAUCUUCUUAAAUUCCGACUCCGAUAUAUAUAACGAUUCAGCCUUCAUCCUCUGCUCGGAAUCAAAAAUGCUUCGCCCAUGAUCUAUUCGCACUGCUCGCAUCACCGCAUUUAGUCAACCUCCGCUCUUUUGUUUGCCCGUUCGGCUAAACUCAUUUUUGCUAUGUUAUAAAUUGCUAACGUCUUGGAAAAUCUGCUCAACUUUGCCCAUUUUCACUAAACCGUGCUAUAAUGUCGGUAGUCACUCCGACUCCUCCUGGGGAGAAAGGACCAGCUCGAAACGAUUCAACUACACAUUCCAGUCAAACUCGAUCUAUUGACAAUAAUCAUACUUUUGAUUUAGAAGGCGGUCACGAAGGUCAAGUACAACCGGUCACAAGUCGUGUAAGUCACAUUAGUCAAGAGGAAGAAUUCAGAAAUGAUCCUCAUUGCGUAAAUUUCACCUAUCAAGAUCCACAAGAUCCAAGAACCUUACCUGAAUGGAAAAAAUGGUCAAUCACUUUAAUCGCACUAUCCAUUCAAAUGUGGGCAAAUGCAAUCUCUUCAAUGGCAGCUCCUGCGAUCGAAGCAAUUUCACCAGAUUUGGACGUAAGUGUUCCUGCUGGAAGAGUGAUUCAAGCUAUCUUUUUGUAUGGUUUCGCAUUAGGUGCAGUAGUUUUGACCCCUCUUUCGGAAGAUUACGGUCGUAGACCAACGCAUAUUGCCUCAACAGCAUUGAUGGGUAUCUUUCAAAUUCCUUGUGCUCUUGCACCUAAUUUUGGUACAAUGGUCGCUUUUCGUUUUAUCGCAGGUUUCUUUGCUGCUGCAACGUUCAAUUCCGUUGGAAUCAUUUCAGAUAUGUGGGAUCCUGACAAUCAAAGUUGGCCUGUGAACAGCUUUGCUCUUGCGGCUGAAUUGGGCGCUGAAGUUGGUCCGAUCAUCGGAGGAUUCAUCCUUAUCAAUGCAGGAUGGCGUUGGAUUUUUGGCGUAGCAGGAUUAGGAUCUGCUUUUCUUUUGGGAGUUUUUAUCCUCUUUUGUCCGGAGACACGUUCUGGUGUGAUUCUCAAAAGAAGAGCAGCAAAAGUACGAAAAGAAACGGGAGAUGAUCGAUUCUUUGCUCAUCAUGAAAUCGUUUUACGUGAACGUACAUUGAUGGCAAUCUUGCAAGAAACGCUUUUCAGACCGGUUUACAUGUUGUUUCGCGAGCCAAUCGUGCUAUGGUUUGCAAUCUUUGAUGGAUUCAACUAUAUGAUCAUCUACUUGGCAUUGGAGUCCAUUCCUCUUGUUUACCAGCAAUGGGGAUUCAGUGAAGGAGAAUUGAACCUGCCUUUUAUUGGGAUGUUCUUGGGAUCUUGCGUCGCUUUCGGAUUGUACUAUUUCCAACUCCGAUACGAGAAAAAAGAAGCAGACAAAAACGAUGGCGAAAAGCCACCAGAGUCUAGAUUGUUCUGGAUGAUUCCAGGUGGUAUUAUCUUCCCAGCUUCUUUGUUCUGGUUCGCUUGGACAUCGCAAGGUCCUCCGGUUCCAUGGAUCGUUUCUGUUCUCGCUUUGGGCGCUUUUGGAUUAUCUUCGCAUAUCAUCUUUAUCAGUGUUUCCGAUUAUACGAUUGCAAGUUAUAGCAUCUAUUCAGCAUCAGCAGUAGGAGCACAAAGUUUGUUACGUGAGAUUUUAUCUGGAAGCGUAACUUUGUUCUCUCAUCAAAUGUACGUCAAUUUGGGAUACCAAUGGGCUUCAACCGUAUUAGCAUUUAUUGCCGUUGUAUUAGCAAUCGUUCCACCGAUAUUGUACAUCUUUGGACCUAGAAUUCGUGCUGCUUCUGCUUUCGCAUUGGAAAUUCAACAAGCCGAAAAACAUGCAAAACAAAUUGCUCAUCAAGCAAAAUUGGAGUUUGACAGAAGCAAUACCGAAGCAACCGCGCGAGAAACACAAGAAUCUACUGUUUAGAUGAAGAUGUAUUUUCAUUUUGUAUUUUACUAUCAAUUGUGCAAUGGUAACAUCAAGACGUUCUCAGAUAUUGAUCGCG